AUAUAUAUACACCCCGCACCAUGCCACCAUGGCUGCAGCAAGCUCUCCCAGCAAGCACCACAAUCACCAUAGCAGUAUUUCCUUCUCCGCCCUCCGUGUUGCUCCUUACGUCCGCUACAGGCUCGGUUUUGAUCCUUGGCUCGGCGUCAGAAGCAUGGCAGCAGCUGGCAAUAAGUCAUCGGCCACGGCCACCAUGGAGGAGACGGCGGCGGCGGCGGGCGCCGCCGCGCGUGGUGGUCGGCGCGGGAUUGACCGGCAGGCCGUCGAUAGGGGCAUCGCCUACCUGCUCAUGGUGGCCGCCCUCGUCGCCACGUACGCGCUUCACUAGAGCUCCGCUCCACGGCGGCAGAGAGCUCCCGCAGGAAAGGAGAGAAGGCUUUUCGUGAGCUUUGCUUCCCCUUCCCGGCCGGCGCGGCGGCCUCAGCCUGAGAGUUCCCCUGCACCAAACUUCAUUCAUUUGUUUUCCACUCUUGUAUGGAGAUGGAGACGCCUGUGUACGUACUGUGGUUUAGUCUGUACCAUUAAAAAAAUUGUUUUGUAUAUGCUCUUUCUGUGAUUAAUCUGUAAAAAUUGUUCGUUUGUUGCCAAAACAUUCACUAUUACCAUGGUUUGGUCUUCUGUC